UAUGGGUAUCUGCACAUCUGACCCUUUGCCAGGAGGAGCUGAACAAUAGGAAGCAAAGCCUGAAGACAUUAAACCUCUUAUAGAUUAACCCUUAAAUGAAUACCAAAAAGAUGAAAAUGAGGCUGCUGUUAAAAUUUAAACUGGAUUAAGAGGGAAAAAAGCUAAAUUAGAGUUAUAGAAAAAAAAGGAAGAACUGGAAUAAGACAAACCUAAAGAAUGGAAUGAAUAUAAAGAAAAAUUCGAGGAGCCAUAAUUACCUAAAAUUUUUAAAGAAAAAGUCAACUAUAAACCAACAAAUGAAGAUCGCAUCCUACCUCCUUACUUAGGACCAGAUGGUAGUGUUUAUAAUGGAUAAUGGAACAAAGGAGAAGUAAAUGGAUAUGGAUAAAUGUUAAAACCUGAUGGAACAUAUCUUAAGGGUUUAUGGAAAUCAAAUAUCCUUUAAGAAGGAGGUAUUCUUUAUCCAAAUGGAGAUUUUUAUGUAAAAUUCAUUUAUCAUUUUAGAUUGGGACAUCAAAAUAUGGACAACGAUACUUUGCUAAUGGAGUAAUUUAUAAGGGAGAAACCGAUUUUGGAAUGCCUCAUGGUUAAGGUGAAGAAACAAAUCCUGAUGGCAGUAAAUCUGAAGCCUUUUAUUAAUAUGGAUAAAAGGUGUAAUAGGAGCAUGAUCAUUAAAAUCAUUGAUUU